AUGGCGUCUUUCAAGAAACGAAUUUUGCAAAAAGCUAUUGAUGAGUGCAAAUCUCAAUUCAAAAUACAACACUUGUUGAUAGAGCAGAAAGAAGCAAUCGAGAUAUUCUUUCAAAAGAAAAAUAUCUUCAUAAAUUUACCUACAGGCUUCGGGAAAUCCUUAAUUUACCAGUGUUUACCGUUUGUGGCAGACGUGCUAUAUGAAAGACCUCGAGGUUCCAGUGUGAUUGUCGUAAUCUCUCCAUUGCGAUCAUUAAUGAAUGAUCAAGUGGAAUAUUUGAUGAGUAUUGGAAUUCCUGCGAUAGCCAUUUCGGAUGAAGAAGAUCCUGAUAUAGUUCAACAAGUUAUGAAUGGUACAUAUAUUGUUAUUUAUGGCUCUCCGGAAUGUCUAUUGUCAAUGUCGGUAUGGAGGAGUAUUUUCCAGUGCCAAAGCUUCACAGAAAUGCUCAUAGGAGUUGCUAUUAAUGAAGCGCAUUGUAUAGUUCAUUGGUGAGUUUUCUACAUAUUUCACUAUUUAUUUUAGGAAAAAUAAUAAUAAAUUGGUUGCUUGAAGUCUUGAACAUGCCCAAAAAAUUUACGAGUAUUAUUAUUAAAGCAAGUGUGCAGUUUGUGCAUUAAUAUUGCCGAAGGAAUAAAAAUAAAGAAAUAAAUUUAACAACCUGCACAUAUAUGUAUAUUUUAUAUUUAAUGAUGUAUUGCCAUAUAUUUUUACUUUUAAAUUAUUCAUGAUUUACUAUUAUAAUACAUUCAUUACUUUACAUGACAUAUAUUUUUUCAAGAUUAAUAAUAGUACAAUACAGUAUGGAGUGUCAAGAUGUAACACAGGUUAUUGUAGCACGGCAUAUAAAAAAUAUGAAUAAUUUUAUGAAUAUGUGUCACUAAACUAGUAUUAUGUACUGUUUAAAUAGGGGGCUUGCCUGGAAGUAAGGACAGGGAUGUUCCAUUCAGGAAAUGGUAUGGCUGUUUGGGGGAAUUGCGUUCCUUAUUCCCACAGCACUGCAAACUUGUAAUUCUCACUGCAACUGCGACAAGAGAUACGAAAGAACAAAUACUAAGCACGCUACACCUGUCUACAAAUGAUGUACAUUUCAUCGAGCAGAGCCCAGAUCAGAAAAAUAUACAAUACAGCGUUCAGUAUUUAGAAAAGGAUGAUCAUUUGGAAAAUGCCUUUUCAUCACUAAUUCAAGAUGUUAAAGAACAUGGUGCAAAUAGUCAGCGAACAUUGAUUUACUGUCAGACUCGAAAACAGUGUUCAAUUAUUUACCGCAUUUUUGAAGUGUAUUUGGGUAAGCAACUAUUUCUUGGUGACUGUUUACCACAAAAUAGGCUGGUUGAGAUGUUUCAUGCAGGAACACCUCCCCUUGCCAAGGAACACAUCACAAAAAAUUUAGCAGACAAAAAUGGUCAUUUACGCAUACUUGUAUGCACAAUUGCAUUUGGUAUGGGAGUGAAUUGUAAGCAGGUACGAAGGGUGGUACAUUUUGGCCCGUCCAAGAACAUCGAAAGUUAUGUGCAAGAGUGUGGGCGUGCUGGUAGAGAUGGACAACCUAGUUCCUGUUGCAUUGUUUACCAUGGUUUAUUGUUAGGGCGCUGUGACAAGGAGAUGAGAGUGUAUGUGCAGGCUAAAGAGUGUCGUCGAAAGAUACUGAUGGAUAAUUUUGGCUAUCAAUGUGAAAAACAAAGUGAGCUAUCUCACAAAUGCUGCGAUAUUUGUGCUGAAAACUGCUCGUGCCAAGAAAAAUGCACUGUAUGGAAUCUAUGUGAAGAGAAUGAAGUUGAUCUUACCAUGUCAAAUGAUGUUACAAAAACAUGUAUUCAAAGGCCAGUUUCACAAGGACAAAAAAAACUGUUGCACACUGAACUAGUCAAAUUCCGGAACACAGUUAUAAGCAAAGCACAUACACAAGAACAAGUUCCUUGUCCCAAUAAUCUACUUGAAUUCAACAAUUUUCACAUAAAUCAAGUAAUUAACAAAUGCUACAAGCUAUUUACAGUCAAUGACAUUUUGCAAGAGAUUGAAAUUUGGAGACAUGCUCAUGCUAUUGAAAUACUGAAUAUAAUAAACAGAGUUUUUGGAGAUGUUGAUGCCAAUGAACUAAUGGGACUUGAUGAGGAACAGUUCCUCAAUGACACUAGUUUCAGUUCAAACUGGGAUGAUGUGAGAGAUGAUUCAUACAUAUCCUUCAUGGAAACUCAGGAACUUGAAUGUUUUUCCUCUUUCAACACUAGCAAAGGUGAUGAAUCCAUGGAUUUAAAUAGCAGUAUUUAG